UAAAUAUCACAUUACGAUCAAAACCUUCCCAUAAGCCAAAAAAAAAAAACGAACAAGAACAUGUUUAGUGAAGUCAAAGUCUUACAAAUAGUUCUUGUUCAGUGGCUUACUCUGUUUUCAUUUACUUACAACUCCCAUGGCACAUAUAUCCUGGAUGGAUCUGCAGUUUUCAACGAAAAUAGUUACUUGGUUUUAACGAACACCACGAAGCAUUCCUACGGUCAAGCUUUUGACAACACAACAUUUGAAAUGAAGGACCAGUCUUUCUCCAUCAACUUCUUCUUCGCUAUUGUCCCUGAGCAUAAGCAGCAAGGCUCUCACGGUAUGACUUUCGCUUUUUCUCCUACAAGAGGCCUUCCCGGAGCUUCCUCCGAUCAGUACCUCGGAUUAUUCAACAAAACAAACAACGGUAAAACUUCGAAUCACGUGAUAGCUAUAGAGUUAGAUAUACAUAAAGACGAAGAGUUUGAAGAUAUUGAUGAUAACCAUGUUGGGAUUAACAUUAAUGGCUUGAGAUCUGUUGCCUCUGCUUCUGCUGGUUACUAUGAUGAUAAUGAUGGAAGUUUCAAAAAUCUUUCUUUGAUCAGCGGAAAGUUAAUGCGGCUUUCGAUCGUUUAUAGUCAUCCGGAUACAAAGCUCGAUGUUACCUUAUGCCCUGCUGAGUUUCUUGUUCCGCCACGCAAACCACUUUUGUCAUUAAACCGAGAUCUCUCGCAGUAUGUUUUGAAACACAUGCAUAUUGGCUUCACAGCAUCUACGGGAUCCAUUAGAGCGCUCCAUUAUAUGGUGCUGGUGUACACAUAUCCUGAAGCAGUCUAUCAACCGUUGGAGUUCGGAAGAGUCCCCACCCUUCCUCCAUAUCCGAAGAAACCGUCUGACAGAUUAAGGACGGUUUUGGCGGUCUGCUUAACGCUGGCCUUGUUUGCUGUGUUUCUCGCCUCAGGAAUCGGUUUCGUCUUCUAUUUGAGGCAUAAGAAGGUUAAGGAGGUUCUUGAGGAAUGGGAGAUUCAAUGUGGACCUCAUAGGUUUUCUUAUAAGGAGCUUUUCAAUGCCACAAAGGGUUUCAAAGAGAAACAACUUCUUGGGAAAGGAGGCUUUGGUCAAGUCUACAAAGGAACACUUCCGGGUUCCGAUGCAGAGAUCGCUGUCAAACGGACUUCUCAUGAUUCAAGACAGGGGAUGAGCGAGUUUCUAGCCGAGAUAUCGACCAUUGGUCGUCUCAGACAUCCAAAUCUAGUCAGGCUUUUGGGAUAUUCAACACGAAUGAGAAUCAAGAACGGCUCACUUGGGAACAACGUUUCAAGAUCAUCAAAGACGUUGCAUCUGCUCUACUCCACCUGCAUCAAGAAUGGGUUCAAGUCAUCAUUCAUAGAGAUAUCAAACCGGCUAAUGUUCUAAUCGACCACGACAUGAAUGCGAGGCUCGGGGAUUUCGGACUGGCGAAGCUGUAUGAUCAGGGAUUUGAUCCUCAGACAUCGAGAGUUGCAGGAACAUUCGGGUAUAUCGCACCAGAGUUUCUAAGAACAGGAAGAGCUGUUAGAGUAAAAUUCUUUUAGAGGUAAUGGAGAAAGUGUUUAAGUGUUUUGAGAGAGUUUUUUAGGAAAUAGAACUUUUAUUACUUUGCUUUAAACUUGAAUACAACUUCACAACAUUACAACAUUUGAGAGGGGGA